AUGCACUGGGUUCGCAGGAAUAUUCUUCAUUUACCUCGAGGGAUGGGAGGUUUGGGUAUCCGACGACUGUCGACGAUGAAUACAACUUUUUUAAUGAAACAAGUGUGGAGGAUGCAUCAGAAUCCACAAUUGUUACUUUCACAAGUCUACGUUGUCAAAGGUAAAUUUGCGUUAACUACUGGACUGCCUAAUAUUUGUCGUUGUCGUGUUUCAUGGGGAAUGCGAGGUCUACGUCGGGCGGAAACUAUGUUGCUUCAAGGAUGUGCUUGGAAGAUUGGAAAUGGGAGGAAUGUUAGCGCGGGGAAAAAUAAUUGGGUUCUUGGAAAGGUUCCAGUUUUUGCUUCUCAUAUUCUACUGUCAGAUGCUAAAUCAUGGAAGGUAAGUCAUUUCAUUCAGGAUCAUCACUUAAUUGAAGAUCAUGGACUACAGUGGAAUGCUUCUCUGGUUAGAAGCUCUUUUGAAAAUAUGGAUGCAAAUGCUAUUUUGUCUGUUGAGUUACCAUCUUCUCCAGCUCCAGAUCGCUUGUAUUGGACUGGGCACAAAACUAGAAAUUUUACGAUCAAGACUGGUUACGCUUUUUUACAACAUGAUGAUAUUCACUAUCCCUCUUUUUCUGGUAUUGAUCAGAACAGGUUUAUACCUUUUUUCAAGCUAUUAUGGGCCUUGAAAAUCCUUCCGAAAUGGAAGUUGUUUAUUUGGAAACUGUUACGUGAAGGAAUUCCAGUAAAAGCAAACCUGGAACGACGAGGUAUCGUUCUAGAUACAACAUGUAAUUUUUGCAGUGAACGUUGUGAAGACGCACAAUACAUUUUUCGCUUCUGCAAUUUUGGCUCAAGAUGUGUGGAGAGUAGUAUGCUAGGCAUAUUCUCAAAUUUUAAUGAGGAUCUUUCACUUCAAGAAUGGAUUCUCAAUUAUAUCCAGCUAUUUAUUAGCUUGGACGGCAAGUUCAGUGAUAGAGUAAUCACCUUUAUUGCAACAUUGUGGGCUUUAUGGGUUACACGGAAUACAAGAGUUUUUCGAUCCGAACCUGGGCAUAUUCAGACAGUUUAUGUUCACCUCAGACUAGCUAUGGAGCAAUCCACUACCUUCAUCGGGAAAGAUAAGGGAAAUUUAGAUUUCCUUCAUCCCCCUGAGUACGCUUCCACCUACCCUUCGGGUUUUUUCUUUGCUCAUAUUGGGGUAGAAAUUUUGCCAAUGCCUAGUACGAUUAUGCAAAUAGAUGGAGCGUGGAACAAGGUCACUUCAAGAGCUGGAAUGGGUUGGAUUCUCCAAAAACCAGUUACAUCAGGAAAUGAAAUUUGUGGAGGUUGCGACUAUGGUCUAGGGCAUUCGACGCUACAUGUUGAAGCAAUGGCUUGUCCGCGGGCUCUUCAAUGGGCAAAGGAUUCCUCCUUGGAUGUCAUUGUUCUGUAUACUGACUCUGCUACUUUGGUUUCUUACUUACAGAGACAAGUUGUGCUUGAUAUACAUCUCACUUGGACAGUGACAACUAUUCUUGACAUAGGUAAGAGUUUUAGAUGUUGUAUGGUUAAUAAGGUGCAUCGAGAUCAGUUUCAACAGGCGCAUGAUCUGGCGAAAAGAGCUGCGAAGGAUGGACUGCAUUUUGUCUCAACAUUUGGCGUUAGGCCUGAUGGUUGA